AGCCAUAAUAAACCUUAAGGAAAUGAAAGAGGAGUUCAACAUGGCAACACCAUCCUCCCAGUGAGACCGCCUCCAACCCUACGAGGAUGAACCAAUCAGACGAGGGAGACAGCACAGUUGUAUUUACAUGAAAACUAUAUAAUGCAAGCGGCUUUACAUACGGUUGUACGAGAAAUCGUUGGUCAUCGCUAAAGAGAAAAAUGCCUGAACCCGCAAAGUCCGCGCCCAAGAAGGGCUCUAAGAAAGCCGUGACCAAAACCGCAGGUAAAGGCGGAAAGAAGAAGAGAAAGACCAGAAAGGAGAGCUACGCAAUCUACGUCUACAAGGUUCUGAAGCAGGUCCACCCAGACACUGGGAUCUCUUCCAAGGCCAUGAGCAUCAUGAACUCCUUCGUUAAUGACAUAUUUGAACGCAUCGCCGCUGAGGCCUCUCGUCUGGCUCAUUACAACAAGAGGUCCACCAUCACCUCCAGGGAGAUCCAGACCGCUGUGCGCCUCCUGCUGCCCGGUGAGCUGGCCAAGCACGCCGUGUCUGAGGGCACCAAGGCUGUGACCAAGUACACCAGCUCCAAGUAAAAUGGACCAAACCUUCAAUAUAAACCUUAUGGCUCUUCUAAGAGCCACCCACUGCUU